UCCAGCAGAGGCGCUCAACUCUCAAACUUAAAGACUAAUAGCAAAAUAAGAUGAACAGCAUCAAAUCAGUAGAAGACACCUGUUUGUUCGCGAUGCAACUGGUUACUGCCUCUGUAAUGCCAGCAGCAUUCAAAUCCGCCCUGGAGCUCGACCUUCUGGAGCUCAUCAAGAGCGCCGGUCCCGGCGCAUUUGUUUCUCCGGCGGAACUCGCCGCCCAAAUUCCGGCCACCAACCCCCAGGCUGACCUCAUGCUGGACAGAAUCCUCCGCCUCCUCGCCGCCAACAACAUCCUCAAUUGCAGCCUCCGCGACCUGCCUGACGGCAGCGUUGAGCGGCGCUAUUCUUUGGCUCCGGUUUGCGAGUUCUUGACCAGGAACGAGGAUGGUUGUUCCAUGGCUCCUCUGUUGCUCGUGAACCAAGGCAAGAUCUAUGCGGAAUCCUGGCAACAACUAAAAGACGCAGUUGUUGAGGGAGAAAGCCCCUUCAAGAGAGCUCAUGGGAUUAGUCCAUUUGAGUAUGGUGCCACGGAUCCCGAGUUCAACACCGCUUUCAACCAAGCCAUGUAUCAACAAUCCACCCUCAUUGUGAAGCAAAUUCUUAAAAAAUACAAAGGGCUCGACGUCGAGGGUCUGAAAACCCUGGUCGAUGUUGGUGGUGGGACUGGUGCGACGCUUAAAAUGAUCGUCUCCGAACAUCCAUUCAUUACGGGAAUCAAUUUUGAUCUGCCCCAUGUUGUCAAAGAUGCUCCAUCUAUUCCGAGAGUAGAGCACGUUAGUGGCGACAUGUUUGUUAGCGUACCCAAAGCCGAUGCCAUUUUUAUGAAGUGGAUUUGCCAUGACUGGGACGACACCCACUGCUUGAAAAUUCUGAAGAAUUGCUACGAGGCACUCCCUGAGAAUGGGAAAGUGAUAAUCGCUGAACGCAUGCUCUCCGAGGCUCCACACAGUGACCCACUGGCUUCCAUAGGCUUCACCGUCGACCUGAUUAUGUUGAUUUACAACCCAGGCGGGAAGGAGAGGACAGAAAAGGAAUUUCAAGCCCUGGCCAAAGAAGCUGGAUUCAGACAAUUCCGCAAAGUCUGCUGCGCUUUUAGCAUUUGGAUUAUGGAGUUAUAUAAAUGAAAUAAAUAUAUAUAUUAUGCUUACCACCCAGAAUGAUACGAUGUAUCGCUUGAGUUCUUGGCUUUGAUUCAUCCGAAUUGAGUAGAGAACUAUCAUUUAUCUAUGUCAGGUAUAUUGUAUCCACAUUUAUGCUACCGACAAACUUUAUACACUGAGAAUAAUGUCGUUUCUUGGAG